GGUGCACCAGUUGCAGUAGAAUGUGGGGACACAAGAAAAGGUCCAAGCUUCUUCGAGGAAGAGGUGAAAACAGACGAGAAGGGAGAAUUCAGGGUGAACCUACCACUCUCUGUAAGCGAACAUGUAAAAAAAAACAAAGGCUUCUGUUCUGUUAAGCUAAUAAGCAGCAGCAGUGACAGCAAACCACACUGUGCUGCCACUGCUUCUGCAGCUUCUUCAUCUUCAAUCCAUUUCAAGGAAAAAAGAGAAGGAAAACAAAUAUUCUCGGCUGGGUCUUUCACAUUAAAGCCACAACUUUGUGACCAGAAACAAAGGAUCCAUGGGAAGAAAACCAAAACUAGCGUUGCAGAAUCUCACGUUGCACAUCCGAACCUUGAACUUCUGCAGGUUCCAGUUGGGCCAGGAAUUCCAGUUGGCGGGCAGGAUAUUAGUGGUAAAAAAACCAGCACUGCAUUUCUGCCUCCCACUCGAAAUUCCCUGCCAGCAACUCCAAUCAUUCCAACGGCUCCAGUUAGCCUCGGAAAUCCAGUUAGCCCACCUACAGCACACCAAGAUGGUACAUCUUCCCCGCCAAUUCAAGGGUCAUCACCACGUGUCUUUUUACCUCCGGUGAUGCAAGGUGGGUUUAUCGUGCCUAUGCCAGAAAUCCCUCCAAGGCUCCAAUCCCUCCAAUACCGAAGAUCCCUUUCAUGCCAAGCAUUCCCGGAUUUCCACCAUCAUCUAAGAAGUCAGAUAGUUUAAAAGGUUCAGAAAGACGGACUCAAGCAAGUGAUGAAAAGACAGUUCAGCCUGCAACUUUCACUCCAAUAAUACGUGGUCUGCCAACAAAUCCAUUACUGCCACUACCUUCUAACCUCCCGAACCCUAUACAGUCACCUCCACUUAUCCCUUCUCCACCUCCUUUACAGCAACCUUUCCCAUUUCUGCCAUCUCCAUUCAUCCCAAGUUUCCCAACCCCUCUCCCACAAUUCCCCUUCCCAACAACACCUACUUUCCCCGGAGUUCCUCCGGCUGCUGCCUCUUAUACUCAGAAGAAGAAUUUGCCAUAAUGACAUCAGUUUAUUUUCUUAAUGUAAUCACUGUCUUUUAAGCUUUUCUGUACGAUCUGAUGACAUUGUGAUUAUGCUU